CCAACCCCACCAUUCUAUUUUCUUCUAUAUAAAAAACUUCCAUUGUCUUCUUCAAAUCCUCAUAUUGAAAUCUCCAAUCUUCUUCUCUGUUUCUUAGAUAGAAUUUUCGCUUUCUUGGGUCUUCUGCAACCAUGGAAGGUUUGCUAAAACUUGUGUUAUCUCUCUCAAUUCUCAUGUCUAUGAUUCUCUCUUCAUCUGCUCAAACAUGUUCUAGCUAUUCCUUCUCUACCAACCAAGUCUUCAGUGCAUGCAAUGAUCUUCCAUAUUUGAAUUCAUUUCUCCAUUGGAACUAUAAUUCAUCAGCAAGCAAGCUUCAGAUUGCAUACAGGCAAACAGGAGUCAGUUCUUCAAGAUGGAUUGCUUGGGCUAUAAAUCCAACAUCAACUGGGAUGGUGGGCUCACAAGCUCUUGUGGCAUUCCAACAAUCUGAUGGAACAAUAAAAGCUUACACUUCUCCUAUAAGCAGCUACCAGACUUCAUUGCCAGAAGGGAAGCUUAGCUUUGAUGUAUCAGAUUUAUCUGCUACAUAUUCCAACAAUGAGAUGAUCAUAUUUGCUACCUUGGGAAUUUCAAGCAUUGGAACUACAACUGUGAACCAGGUUUGGCAAGAGGGUCCAGUUUCUAGUGACUCUCCUCAGGUUCAUUCCACUACUGGAGCUAACGUGCAAUCCAUGGGCACAGUUAAUCUUCUUUCUGGGACUGUUGCGGCAAGUGGAGGAAAUGACAGAACCAGGAAGAAGAAUAUUCAUGGAGUUCUAAAUUCUGUCAGCUGGGGCAUCAUGAUGCCUGCUGGAGCUUUAAUAGCAAGGUACCUGAAGGUAUUCAAAUCUGCAGAUCCAGCAUGGUUUUACCUGCAUGUUAGUUGCCAGUCCAUAGCCUAUAUUGUUGGUGUAGCUGGAUGGGGAACCGGUCUGAAACUCGGCAGCGAAUCUUCCGGUGUACAAUAUGAUGCUCAUAGAACAAUCGGAAUCAUCCUUUUCUGCCUUGGAACUCUUCAGGUGUUUGCUUUGCUUCUAAGGCCAAAACCAGAUCACAAGUACAGAUUCUACUGGAACAUCUACCACCAUACAGUUGGAUACACUGUUAUUAUCCUUAGCAUCAUCAACAUAUUCAAAGGAUUUGACAUCUUGAAUCCUUCAAAGAAGUGGAAGAACGCUUACAUUGGUGUGAUCGCAGCUUUGGCUUUCAAUGCUGUAUGGUUGGAAGGCUACACUUGGUAUCUAGUGGUGAAGAGGAGAAGAUCAGAGAGUGCUUCGAAGAUGCCUCAGGGCAUCAAUGGAUCAAAUGGGUUCAAUGGACAUGGCGCUAUGCAACACGGCCAGGGCGUGUAGAUGCCUUGUUUUUUAAACAUAGGUUGUGGUUUCUGGUUUGGAUGCCAUGGUUAUAUUUAUGAAUACACAUUUGGGAAACCUUUGGACCGAGGGAAGUUAGGAUUAGGAGUGAUUCUUCUUACAGGAUUGGUGUUGUUGAAAGAUGUCUGGACAGUAUUUCUAUUUACAUCUGAGAUGUCGUGUCUGUUCUUUAUAAUUUUCUUUUAUUAUUAUUUAUUUAUAUAUAUAUAUAUAUAUAUAUAUAUUUUUGUUGAUGACCCUUGUGAUUUUCAUCUCAAUUCUUCUUCUUCAUGUAUGUGGGGGUCCACGAGACGAGUACCCAAUUCAACUAUUCUCAAACCGCUUGAUCCCAGUUUGGUUAUUGGGUCUACAACACAACUGUCAAUAGUUUGUUUAAUCAAGAAUUCUGUCUAUAAUUGCAUAGCACUUCUAA